GAGCAUUUGUGCUGCGAUGUGCCAUGCCCUUAUGUCUAUGAGGUUUUGACAAGCGCGGCCCCAAAGAGUCAACAGGACUUAUCCUUGCCCAACACGUACAACACCUCCAUUCAAUUGCACUUCAGGAAAUGCUCCAGAAGCUGCGCAGAAUAGCUAGAACAAGGUCUUCGAGGACUAUGCCUUUUUUGAGUGCUGAUUACUAUUUCCAGUUUUCGGGCCCCAUGCAAGAGCGCCCCCCCCCACCCUCUGUGACUGUCACGAACAGUAUCACUGAUACCAGUCUUGGGCUUAUCCACCCCAUUGCCACGUUUCGAAGGGAAACAAGAAAUCCAAACGUGGGCUGGAUAUUAAUAACAACGAACUAUGGAGACUUGCGGACGAGCGAUGGUCCCCCCGCUGUCCUAUUUACGAUACGAGGACAAGCUCAGUCGAGUUUGCGCGAGUCAACAGCAGCACGUCGGUGCAUAAUGAAAAAUAAAAAAGCCUUGAAUUGUUUGGCAAAAGGCUCAAUAGCAAGGAGUCGCAUUAGGCUGACAUGAUUACCCUAGAUUUCGCCCCCUUUUUGUAAUGCGAUCACCAACUGAUCAACGACCUCAAGGGCUCUGAACACAAUUACCGCAUCGAGGUAAGUCUGAGGACGGUGUUC